AUGGCCUCGCCGACUUUAGGGAAAGUUGCAGUUGUGACCGGAGCUUCAUCUGGUAUCGGAAAGGCUACUUCCAUCACGCUGUCCAAGGCAGGAUACCGUGUAGUAUUAGUGGCACGACGGGAGGCCGAGCUAAACGCAACAGCUCAAGAGUGCCCAUCUGAAACUUUGGUCACCCCAGGAGAUGUGACGGAUGAGGUGUUUGCCGCAAAAGUAUUUGAGGAAGCUGUCAAAAAGUUUGGGAGGGUAGAUAUCUUGUUCAACAACGCAGGUAUAUCCUUACCUGCAGUUCCUAUUGAAGACAUCCCGGUUCAAGAUUUUAGAAGAGUCAUAGAUGUGAAUUUGACGAGCGCAUUUAUUUUCACACGAGAGGCUUUCAAAGUGUUCAAAACCCAGACGCCUCGAGGUGGAAGAAUAAUCAACAACGGGAGUAUAGCAGCUUACGCCCCUCGUCCAAUGGCUGUGGCGUAUACUACAUCAAAACACGCCAUAACGGGCUUAACAAAGUCUAUAUCCUUGGAUGGGCGAAACUUUGACAUUGCAUGCACGCAGAUAGACAUCGGCAAUGCUCAAACACAGAUGGUGGCUGAUCAUGGUCCGACGGGUCAGCUUCAGCCCAACGGACAAAACGUGGUUGAAGGCUCGAUUGACGUCCAGCAUGUUGCCGACGCGAUACUGCAUAUAGCCAACUUGCCACUGAAUGUCACUGUUUUGUUCAUGAACAUUAUGGCUACCACAAUGCCCUUUCAAGCACCUAAAGGAAAGUAUCCCAGAUCGCUCGAGGAGGGCGAUUUUUCAGAGUUUAGAAUAGCCGAUCUUCCUCCUCGAGCUGACCGAUUCGUCUACCCGAGUAUGUAUUCGAUGGGGGCGACGAUGGUCCUAACGAAAGUCCGGGAAAAUGACGAGCUUGAUAUACACAACACAUUCGUCUUGUCAUAG